AUGGCUUCCGUCUACAGGCAGUUUCUGGCUUCUUCUAGCUCCUCAUUGCUUGCAGAAAAGGCAUCUUUGCACUAUGUUACUACCGCAACCUCCAUCUACGGAGCCACUGAGAUCAUCAAACACCUCAACAGCCUUCAGAAGCAGGUCAAGAUCAAGAAGCAGGAGUUUCUGAACGUGGUCGACGGCCACUCGGUUGUUGUUGCCGAAGUUGAGACCGCCCUCGAGUUCCAGACGAGUGGCGGUGCUUAUUUGCCUGGUCUGGAUGACAACUUCCUCUCCGACAGAGUUGCGUACUUGGCGAUUAUCCAUGUCGUGACUUUCGACAAGGGAGGCAAGAUCCUUCAAAUCCGCCAACAAUGGGACCAGGCCUCCGUGCUCAAGCAGUUGGAGAUUAUCGGAAAGACUGGUCGCAACUGGCCCAUCAAGGAUAGCAGAGAGCAGCUUACUUUGAUCCAUUCCUGCCUCAAGUCGGCUGGCAUCGCUUGCCCCCAGGCCGACAGCCACAACGACGUGGUUGUCCGAAUUCGUGGCGAGUCCAGCAAUGCCAUCCGCGACCCUCACGCUUCCUUGCAGUUGUUUGGAAACAGGGAAGAGCUCGAGUCCGCCCAGGGUGACGCGGUCGUUUCGCCUUAUGCGGGUCGUCAACGACGAAGCGAGCGCUCUUUCGCCGACAUUCUGGGCGACGACCCGUCGGGUGAGCAUUACGACGGUGGACGCAGUCAUCAUCGAUCGACAUCUCCAAGCAAAGCGGGCCAGGGGAAGAAUGUCCAACCCAUGCGCAUCUUUGACGGCCAGGAACUCGUUGGAGAAGAAGAAGAGGAGGAGGCGACCAAGAAGAAAUCCAGCUUCAUCCGUCCGAACCCCCAAAAGUACAACCACUUUGAGUUCACGGACGGAUCAGACCCCCAGGACCGACCCAAGCCCGGGGUGGAUUUGGAGAACCGGCCGAGAUCGAAACAUGACAGCCAAUGGGACUUUAAGGAUUUCACCACUCCCAGCAAGCCUCAACCGACCAAGACGUACCACCGAACACAGGAUGUCCGUCAUUGGGACACUGAGGCUGCUAUCGACACGGAAGACGGGUCCACGCAGCACCCUCGCAAGGGCCGUCGUGAUGCCGAGACUCACUUUGAGCUUCAAGACGAUGGCGACAGACUGUCGCACCAGGACCGCGCGAAUGCUCGCCCGAGGGGUUCCAUGCAGAACGACAACCUCGGUCUCUACAAGAACAAGCUCUUUGACCACGAGGGCGCUACGCCCGAAGCCAAGCGCGCGCUUGGAAACAUUACCAACCUCGGAGGUCGCGGGAAAGAUUUCGAUCCCCAUUUCGCCAUGGUUGACGAGUCUCCCGCCCCGGCAGCUCCACGAAACCAACAUGUUCCAGAGGCCCGCAUGAAGGCUGUCAAGAUGAUGGACGCCAACUGGUCAGCGUAUGACCAAUCCCCAACCAGCCAAAAGGAGAACCAGAAGGAGAGCCAGAAGGAGAAUCAGCAGCGUGGAGAAGGUCGUUUCUUGGAAGACAACAAAAUCAACAUUGCCGGUGACGGCAUGGGCGGACGAAAGGGAACGAACCGUGACUGGCUAUACGGUGGAGGUGACGACGACACACCCAAGCCUACUUCACGAAAGGCGAAUCCCAAGGCUGCACAGGCCUCUCAGAAGAACUUUUGGGAUUUUUGA